GACAAUUUGGGCGUUGCGAGUAUUUAAUGUGUAGAAUGUAGUGUGUAGAGUAUUUAGUGGAACGCACCCAUAGUUUACAAUAUUAUAGUAAUUAGCGGAACGCUGUCCGAGUUAGAUCGAGUCAGCAAAUCGAAAAGACCAUAAAGCACUAUAGGAGCGCCACACAUUAAUGAGUCUUCUGGAGCCAUCUAUAGAAGGAAGGAAAGAAGGAAGGAAGAAGGCACCCUCUGAACACUGAGAUAUCAUCGGUAGUGAGAAGAAUUUGUUUUAUGAUUAUAAUUCGAAGUAUUUGCUUUGUUGAAACAAAUUUUCUUAAAGAAGGAAACGAAAAAGAAGUAACUGUAUUGAAAAACAUGGAAGCGGAGCCGGAAUUGGAAGAUGGUGAAGUAGUCGACGACGAGGCUUGUGAUGUCUUUGGAACAUACAAAAUAUUGCAAAGGCCUUAUACAGCACCGAUCACAGAUAUAGGUGCAAAGAUGCGAUGCAGUGAUGAAUCUGAUAUUUCCACAGAUUCUGAAAGUGAUUCUGACUCUGAUUCGACACCUGUAAAAAGACCUAAAGUUAAAGUGAAAAGGCAUAAAAGCUUAACAAAAGACUGGACAAAUAAGAAUGAUAAAUACAAAGUAUGGUGUACACAAGUGCAGGAAGAAUCUUUAACGGAAGAUUUGUUGUCAUGUGGUGUCACAAAAAAAAUGUAUCAAGAACGUAAUGUCGAGAAUUAUAACUUUACUUUGCGAUAUGCACAUAAGAAUCAGGAACUUCAUAAUAAUAACAGUUCAGAUGAUGAAAAGGAUGUUGAACGAAGACUAUCUAAUAAAAGAACAAGUUCAGACAGAUGCAAUGUAAAACUUAGAUUAGGGAAAAGGAAAAGUCCUACUCGAAAAAGUCCUACAGUUUUUGACAGUCAGAAGGAUCCUGUUAGAAUUAUACCAGAUUUAUCUACCACUGUGGAAUCAACAGAUGUUGAAGUUGCUACUGAUAUAACAACCAAGCUUUGUGAGAAAAAAGAAUCCCUCAUAAGAAGAGUUGUAGAUAUAGUUGGUAAAAAGAAGGCUAUUCAGUUCUUCCAAGAGACAAGAAAAAUCGAAGAAAAUGGCGGAAUGUUGAUAAUGAAUGGGUCUCGCAGAAGGACCACUGGUGGAGUAUAUUUCUGGUUGGUGAAAAAUGAUAAACAUAUCCCUCAAGAAAAAAUAAGAGAGAUAUUUGUAUGUGACCAAAAAGAGAGUAAUGGACAGAAGAAAAAGAACAACGAAGCAAGGAAACAAAAUGCACAAGAUCGUAUGAGAAGUUUCGAAAAUGGAUGCGAUAAAGAUUUACCAGCUUUAUUAACAAGAGCAGAACUUUCAACGAGGGAAAUUGCAGAGCAAGCAAGAUUACGACGCGGUGAAGGCAUGGAUAGAAUUCCGAUGGAUUCAGAUCGUACGGUAUCAAAUCCACCACCCAGUCCUGUAACGGACGAUCCAGAUCAUUCUGAACAUACACUGAUACAUAGGCAUGUUCAAGAUUAUACCGACGAUUUUCUCGAUAUUGGAGUAGACAUAGAUAGCAUGGAAGUACUUUAAGACUAUAUUCUAAAUCUUAUAUUUGCACAUUGCAACAGCAAAUUGUACAAAUAAUUAAGUAUAAUCAUACACAUACAGGAGUGUACGCGGGUGCACAUACAUAUAUACAACACAAGUUGCAUGAGUAAUAUAUAUACGUAUAUAUAAUUUACAUAGAUUGUACAUUUACCAUGUACAUUUACCAUUCAUAGACAACAAAAGUAGACUGGCAAUAGCGAUAAAAAAGUUGUUUGUUUCUCGUGUGAUUUUGUUUCGUUUAUUCAACAUAUUUCAAUUGAAGCCAUUUAUUUUUUGUACACUUGUGUUGUUGGAUUUGAUGUUUCUCUGAGUUUAAUAAAUAAAUAGAAUUGCUUCUGGCAUAAUUUUUGUAUAUGAAACGAUUUAUAAUUCACGACAGAAUUUACGGCGAAAUUAUAAAACAUCUUUGAAAGAUCAGAAUUACAUUUAUAUAUAAUAGGAAUGUGUAUGUAUGAAAAUUUAUAUAUAAUUUUUAUGCAUGGUGUAUAAAUUUGUAAAUUUGUCUAUAUUAUGUAGCAUGUAUAAUUACAAAUAGAAUUUUAUUACCAAUUCUGUCGUGAGUUACGGGUCUUUUAAGAAUUUUAUAUUAAUAAACAAUAAAUGCGAAAGAUUUGACGUAACCAAUUUAUAAAAGGAUAACGUUAAAAGUUUUUAAUAUAGAAAAACAUUAUUUUAUUAAAACGUGAAUCAAACAUCUGUGUUAAAUAAUUUUUACAAGAUUUUCAGUAUCGUUACGCGUAAUCUAUGUAUAUAAUAUUAAUUGUAAUAAUAUAUGAUAUUGAUUGUAAGCACAAAUAUGUGAAGAUAAAAUGCAAUUUGUACGAUGUAUUGAA